AUGGCGGAACCCGCCGGGCCGCCCCCGCCGGCCGUUUUCUUCGGGGCCGUAGCGCCGGGUAACCCGGUGGUAGACAGCUUGGAAGCCGAGCUGCGAGACGUUCUGAGCUCCCUGCGGCGGCUGGGAGGCGAGGGGGAGGCCGAGCCGCAGCAGCACGACCUGCACCGCCGCGGAGCAAAUACUUUGUUUAAUAUUUGGAUCAAAUAUAAGCCUCGACUGCCAGAGUGGUAUUACAAUGAAAAACUUCUGAAAGUUGGUGAUUCCCUUGCUCAGAUCAAAGAAUAUAAGUUGGCACUUCUGCAGUGCUAUGGAAGAUACCUUCAGCAGUUCAUUUCUGUAAACCUUGAUAAUAUAAAUGAUGUGCAUCAAUUUAAAUCCACCUUUUUUCCAAAUGGUUUCAGAGACAAAAAUGCAGCACUUACGUUCCAUGCUUUGCAAGAGAGAAAUGUUUGCAUUUAUCAGAUGAUUUGCAGCAGUGACAGAAAUCUUCAGAACCCAGAGUCCCUGCAGACUUGUUUCAAUGUCUUGUCCUCAUUACGACUCACUAUGCAAGUGGCUCUACCUCAGGAGAAUUUGUGUUGGCUUAUCUACAAUGGUACUAUUCAUAUUUACACCAUAUGCAGACAUUUGAUGAUGAUAGGUCAGUCAGCAAAGAUAUUUGCUCGCCGUGGUCUGAUUAAAAUUGAUGAACUGAAGCAAUUAGAAAAUACCAGUUCUUCGCUGGAAAAUUCAGAGACAAAAAGGGUUUUUAGAGAGGCAACUCUAAAGAUGUCAGUAAUGAUUUUCAAGAGAGCAGUAUAUGAAUCCAGAAGAAAACCAAAAAGCUUCUUUCGACCUAAGUUAAGAGUUAGCCUGAAAGAAGCACAAAAUCUGGUAUCCAAAAGGAGUGAUCCAUUUUAUUAUAAUCAAAGAAAACGCUUCUUUGGUUUGCCAUGGCCUCGCACUACUACUGAACGGCUGCUGACAGAAAUGUUUGAUGGUGUUGCAGCUCAGUUUCUUGCCAUCUUGGAAGCUUUGUCUGACAGUAGCAGGCGUGUGUUGCACCCUGCUCCACCUGUUCCUGAUGAAACUGAAAUUCGUGACGUCAUUUCGGAGCUUUUUUUUGCAGGCCUGGAAAUCCUCUCAGGUGGAGUAAGCAGUACUGGUAUUCAAGGAAGUGAUUGCACUGAUAAUUUUGGUAUAAUUAAUGCAUCAUCAACCCUUCUGCAGUUGAUACUAACAGGAAAAAGAAGUGCCUUAGUCUCGCAAGAUGAAACCUGUGAUGUGCCUGAAAUACUGAUGAAAAGUCCUACGGAACAAUUACAAGUUGCUUAUGAAAGUCUUGAAAAUGCAAUUAAUGGAAUGAAUACAUCUCGCUCAAUGACCCUUCUACCAGAUGGAAAGUCAGUAUUUGACAACUGCUGUACAAAGGUGGACUCAAAUGAUCAGAAUUUGAAAUCUGUUUUGGGAUGUGCUAAUGAUAAGACAGGAACAGGUAAUGGGUUUUUAAUGGAUUUACACUUGGAGCUCAUUCAGGCCCAACAUCGAGUAGCUGUGAAACUUCUUAAAAUGACGCAAGGUGCUCAAAAGGAUGACGGAAGUCUUAAGUCUGGCAAGUCUCAUGUGAAGAAUAAUAAAAAUUUCCAUUAUUUAACAGAGGCACUUAUAAUGAGAAAAAUAAAAAAGAAUAAGCUAUCCAGAGCAAUCUUUUUGAUGCAAAAGGCUGCACAGAAGUUCCCUGAAGAGUUAACCACUUCUUCCCAAAGGCAGCUACUGGAGGUUUCGUGGUACAGUAUUUUGGGCUCUGUAGCAGGAGGAAGUAAUAUGAAAGUAAGGUUAAAUAACAAUAAACUUCCAAAUGCAGGAGAAGAGAUACCAGCUGAUGGGAAAAGCCUCUUGGAAAUACAAGGCUUAGAUCCCAAUGAGAAAUACAUAUUUGCAGUCGCAGCAUAUUCAUCUGAUGGAAAACUUAUUGGUGAUGGCAUUGGGGAAACGACUAAGCCAAUCCUUGCUUAUCUACCUCUUUCUGCUACUACUGUUCGAGCCUAUCUAACUCAGGCAGCCUAUCAGACUGGCAACUAUACAUUAGCCAGAGAAGCAUUUUCACCACUGUGGGAUUUUUUUGUUUCAAAUUCUUCUCCACUGCCUGCAAAUGCAGCUGUUAUUUCUGCAAGUAGUAAUUUGACUAUAUCUGAAAACAGGUUACGUUUUGAAGCUGUAUCUCAGACUUCUCCUAUUACCUUGCACCUUUUUCUGAGGAAUAUAUUUGCUGUCUGUGACAUUAAUGUCAUGGAAGGAGCACUCUUCUGUGAUUCCAUCUGUUCCAAUGAGAUACUUUAUAAGGAACAAGUUGCUAGAUUAGCAGAAUGCGAAAGAAUGACUCUGGCAAUUGAACUUAGCAAUUGGUUGAAUGAUUCAAGUUACACCCUGCAGUCUGUUGUACAAUGUUAUGGUCUCCUUGCCCCAGUUAUUUAUCACAAGAUUUCUUCAGUGCCAGUAGUUCAGAUCCUCAUUAAGUGCUUGGCUGUCCUUCAAGAAAUUCCAAGUGCUGCUUUGCAGAGGAGGCAGGCAGGAUGUUAUGAGAGUAUUCAGCAUAUGAUAGCUUGUACUUCAUUUUAUACAGCAAAGACCCCUUCUGCAAAGACAUCCCAUUUAGCUGCAAUGGAAAAAGCAACAGAAAAUCUAAGUGCUCUUGAAUCAAAUCUGCUCAGACUGACAAAACCAGUUCGUGGAUCAGAGCUUACAGGACAGGAAGAUCCUUUGUUCCUCUACCCUGUAAUUUCGUGUUGGACAUCAAGCAAUGCUUAUCGAGAAGUGAUGAAAUUCAGGAAGAAAUCACGUUUUCUUGAGUUCUUUGUUCAAGUUUUGCACAAAAUCCUGAAUGAAGAGAAAUUUCAAUGUGUUCUGGAGUGGGCAGGCAAUGUGCAAGUUUACUUGAAGAGGAGGAACGACCACCUUCUCGGUAUCAAUGGAAUUUCAACACAAGAAACACUUUCUCCCACUCUGCCAGAAGGCACGGAUAGAUACAGUACAGGAGUUGUGGAGUUUCAGAAAAGUAUGGAGACCUCACCUUUAAAGAAACCAGAGGCAUCAACUUUGAAGAAACCAAGAAAAGAAGACUUGAGUCCAAUUCGAAAAAGACAGACUCUUAGACAGUAUUUCAUGAAACAUCCCAACAUAAUGGAAUCUCCAGAAGCACAAAGGAAAUGCAAGAAAGAGUUGCAAAAAGUAGCUCGUUGCACCUUAGUGGUACUGCUGAAUCCAAUUGUGAGUAAUUACUUAAACCGAAAGAAGUUUCAUCAAAUAUGUCUUGAAGAGAUGCCCUGGAGGUCUCAGAUGAAUAUCUAUCUGGCAGUUGCACACUACAACUUAUUUAAAAAGAAACUGGAAGAGCAAUAUAACAUUGGAAUUUGUGGUUCACAGCAUCUGGACAGUUACAGUAUUUUGGAUCCUGAAUUAUUCUCAUUAAGUAAUUCUGGCACUGUAGUGGUGAGAGAAGCUGUAGAGAGUAACAUGAGAACACCAAUUCCUCCUCUCCUUAAAAAGUCAGGAAUGACUGAAGAACAAACUCGCACAGAGAAAUCUUCUGAGCAGAGCAUUAAACUCGGUGGAACAGAUACUCCGCAAACUCAAACGACAAACGAUACAGAAAUAUCCGUCUCUUAUUCCCCCAAAGAAUACAACCAGUUUCUGCCAAACACCAUUUUAUUGCAGCAUUUUACAAAAAUCUUUUUGCAUUUAAGAAGAGCGGUGGUUCUUGCUCACCGUGGUGGCCACUGGACGUUGCUUCAAAAUGCUUGUCGAGAACUUUGGAACUAUACUCAAGAAUUACAGUUGAUUGCUAACCACUCACAUUCCCAUACGGAUGUAUUUCCCAUUACCAGGGAUUUUCUUAGGAACACCAUCUGGUUGCCUUUUUAUUUGGCAUCAGACAUGAUCAUUGAUAUGAUAACUGAACUACAAGCAAGCAGGUCUCUUAAGAUUGUGGAUCCUGAAGGAGACUUCUGCAUUCCCAGUUGUUUAGGAGGUAUUAUGGAUGAGAAUGGUGGUUCUAGUCUCCAUCCGCAGUCUCCCCUGGAUGACGUGAACGUGGUUGACUUGAAAUGGAUAUGUAAUCUGAUUCUUAAAACAAUAGAAUUGUUAUAUCAAAUGAAGAAGUGGGAAGCACUGGUACACAUAGCUGUACAGUUUAACAUAUUUACACAAGCUGCUUUUAAAUAUUGGUGUCAAGCCCUUGAUGAAACACUCAACACUGCUGAUGCUCUUAACAACUGGCAAGAGUUAGGUUUUCUAAAAAAUGCUACAGACUGUUUUGCAGUUGGAAGAUCAACUGAUAUUAGUCAGAAAUUUCUUUCUCGGGUUGGCGUUUGGGGAUGUUUACAUGCAGCUGUCUUAGUGGCUAAGAUAGCUCAGUAUAUAACAACAUCAAAGAUGAGAUUAAGAACUAAAUACUGCUAUUUUUCUGCUAUACUUUUUAAGACCCUGUUUAGAGUUUCUCUUCCACAUCCGACAUCUGACUGUGACUUUGCACAAUAUGAAACAAAUAUGCUUAUUCCUGGUAUUGACUUGUUCUCUGAUCGCUACAGAGCUGAUAUCUCUACUGUAGUUGCAAGUCUGAAUUUUCUUAUGUUUGAACUACAUUGUGCAAAACAAAAUUUAAUAAUUUUACCAUUGUUCACAUUAUACCAAUACAUUGUUUCUGAGAUUUGUAAGGACCCAGCUAAGUGUAUUGAAGGAAGAAUCUUCAAGGUUAAAGUACUUACAGAUAUAGGAUUUUUUACAGAGGCCUUUCAUGAACUGGCUUUGCUUAACUGUGGAGAGAGAAUUCCAUGGAAAAUACCUGCAGGAUACAGAAAAAUUGAACAAAUGAAGGCCUUACUGAAAUUUGACUCUUCAAAAUCUCUCCUGACUGUUACAAAUUUACAGGUACUGGAAGACAUAUUUAAUUGGAGUCUGUCUUUAACAAUGGUGCCGCUGUGCAACCAACAAAUUAUGAAUAAAUUAACCUUAGCUAAAAUGCAUUUCAUCAUUUGCCUUUCUGCCACAAUAAAUAAUAUACCUGAAAAAGUGGAAAAACACAUCUAUUCUGUUGAUAACAACAGCUUGAAUGAGCCAAGCAGAAUUACAGCAUCACAUGUAAAAGUUGAAACUGAUAAAAAUUCAAGACAACAGGAACAAAGAGGCACAAUGGUGCAGCUCGUUGACUGUAAAGAUGAAUUAAAUAUGGCCAUGCUGAAGGGGAUUUUAUUGACAGAAGCUGAAGAAAGUCUUAGCCAUCUUGUGCAGAACAUACAGGACAAAUACGAAGGGGAGGUAUCUCGGUGUUCUGCUGAAGAUUUAGAGGCUCUUACUGAGGCCAAACUUCAGCUUGCUGCUAUUUCUCAGCAAAGGCAUCAAGCAGCUUUCAGUGUUGCUUUGGCUUUCUCUGCAAUUCGACUUCUCCAAAAUGCAGAAAUUUUUAGGAUGGAAGUGACACAUUUUCAAGAAGAAAAGGAUGAAAGGGAGUGUUUGGAUGCGUAUGUUGAAGAUGUUCGACUGCCUCACAGUAUAACAGCACAAGAUCACAUGAAUGUACAUCUGUGGCUAAGGUGUCGUACAAUGUUAGUGACUGCGCUAGUAACACAGAUACUUGGUGUUGGUGAUAUGGAAGAAAGGGAUGUGGCUGAACGCAGAAGUGUGAUAAAAGAAGUAAUACUAGAGGCAGAAGCCUUUGGUGACAGCGAGACUCAGGCUGAAAUGAUGGUGCAAGCUGCAAUUCUUGACCUGCAAGAAAAACGUCCCGUGGCAGGCAUUAAACUUCUAUUGCAGAAUACCAUCAGUUUACUCCAAGAGGAUACAUUUAUUUCCCCUCCAGCUUCUUUGACUCUUGUGAAAAGUAUCCUUCUGCUGGCAGACAUACUAACACUGCAAACAGGAGAGGAUACAGAACGUUGCUCUUCUACAGCGGAACCAUUAAACUUACUAAUUUUGGCACAUGAGCUUACCAUUAAAGCAAUUUUUGUUUGUGGAGAACCCAUUGAACGGCAAAUAGAAGACAGUACAUUGACUUGCCUGGUCCUACCUACAAAAAAUAUCUACUUGCCACAUAUCAACUUGCUAGCCCAAGUCAAAAUGAGAAUUGGACUCACAUUAGCUGAAAAAGUAGCUUGUACACCUGCAAGAGGAGAUCCACUGCAAUGGCUACGUGCUGUCAAACAUUUAGAAUCAGCAUUGGAGCUUUGCAGAGCAUCUGCAACAAAAAAAUUAGAUAUGGAAGCUGAACUUCUUUUUCAGAUAGGUAAGGUGGAACGCCAGAUAACUGAAACAGGCAAUAACAGGUCAUCUCGAGCUGUUGAAACCCUGUUGGAAGCUAUAAAACUCAGCCAGCAACAUGAUCAAAAACUUGAGUUAAUAAGAAGAUCAUACCUUGAAAUAGCACUUUUAUAUUUGCAUUUUGCCACAAAUAAUGAGGAUGUGUCACAGCCAGAUAAGAUGGUGCCUUCCAAAUCAAACAACUCUUCUGGAGAGCUCUCUUCUCCUGAGGAGGCUCUGAAAUCAGAAGGCUACAAAGUACAGUCCUGGAUUGCAGUAAGAGCAGCUACACAGAUGUCUCUUGAAAUUACUGGAAUUACAUCAAAGAUGUCACAUGUGAGAACAGCUUCUCCGGUGUCUGUCAUUGCAGAAGCAAACAGUCAGACGGAGAGUAGGGCAGCAAACGCUUCAAAUAAGGAAAUUAACAUUCAGUGGUACAUUCCUUCUCUGGCAAAGCCAUCAAACGAUACAGAGACUAAGGUUUUGCUGCUUUAUGCUUAUAAUACAAAGCCUGUCAAGAUUAGCAACAUCAAGAUUUUCAGUUCAAUAUCUAUGUUUUCAGGCCACUUGUGGAUUCCGUUGGCUAGAGUUAUUUCUUUACAGAAGAAAUUAUCUAAUCUGAAGCAGCAAGUUGAAAUGUUGAUGCAAAGUUCCAAAAGCUUGUCUUCAGCUUCAGAACCUACAAGUUUUCUUGAAGAAAGUGAAACUGUGAAAAAAAUUCCUUCAAUAAAAACCAAAAUUAAUGUUGCAAAAGUGCAUCUUGAUGAAAAAACAGAACAUGACCCAAAGAACAGCUCUAUUCCAAGCCAGGACAGGGAUGCAACAAUUCUGUGUGCCUUGACGUUACUGGAAGUAAGCCCAAAGGGUGUAACGGGGUGUGUUACAAGAUGUGAAGAACAAGGACUGGACAAGGACUGGCCCGGCUGUGCUGGGUCUCUUUCCUCAGUACUGAAAACACAACCCUUCCUCCAAGCUCACCAUUUAAAACGCGGCAGGUCCCGGACCCGGCGCCCCUCAAAACCAACCUACGGCGGGGAGCACGAUCGAUUCCUUAACCCGUGGCUGGCGCCAGCUUCUCCCCGCCGGUUUCCAGGCGGUGCUGUGGGGCCGGUGUCCCUCCCCGACAGACCCCCUCUCCCCAAGCGGGCGGCACACGCUGACCAGCCGGACCUCCAGGUUCGGCACUACGGGCCCCCUCAGACACCCACACUCGGUCCAGACCCUCAGCCGGGCCCCCCCCGGCAAAAGGAAAACCCCCCGCGGGGGUGCCCCCCCCCGCCGGCCGCCGCUCCCCGGGGCUGUCGCCUCAGAACCGAGCGAGACCGCAGGGAACGGCCCGAAAGGCGGGAACGGCGCGCGCCUCCCGCCCCGCCCCUUCCUUCUGGGCCACCGUAG